AUGGUUUCUUGUGGCGUUCACUCCGAAACGAGAGCAUUGGGUCAAGUGCAAAACUGCCUCGAAAAAUACGUGCAAGAGCUGUUCCCCGAUUGCGAAUCCACUUGGACUCGUUUUGAAGGCGAUCUGGACGUGGAAGAGACAGACGAUAAUAAGGAAGAUACAACUGCAGUGGAUGACAAGCGUAAAGAAAAAAAGUUCCAGGCUGUUGAUGCUGCCUGUGGUGGUCUUGUGUUUUACCGAUUCCGUAUCAACGUGAAGCCUACCGAAUUUAUCGAUAAAAUGAUGGAUGCUAUGUCACAAUUGUCCAAACCAGAACUUGAAGAGCUAUUACCCAGAAUUCGCCACACAGCUCGUUGGAUUCCACUCGAUUACAUAUGCCCAGCUACAACGGAAAGAAUGGCCAAAUGCUUUGAACGUCUCCGGGAAGACCACUUUAAGGAAGUAUCCGACGACGACAAACGUACUGUAGCCAUCGUUACCGAAAUUCGUAAUAAUAUCUCCUUGAAGAAAGAAGACAUCAUUCAGACCAUCGCUCCCUUAAUCCCGAAAGGACUAAAGGUGGAUUUAAAGAAACCAACCGACGUCAUCUUUGUCACCGUGUUCAAAAGCGUUUGCGGUAUGACGGUGUUGAAAGAUUAUUACGAAAAGAAAAAGUACAACAUCGUCGGUCUUCUUCAGGAGAAAGCCUCUGCGGCAUAA